AUGCCACAGUCGUAUGCAAGCGCUUACUCGCCCUUUGCAAGGGUCGAGAGCCUGAACACACGCAAGGAGAACGUGGAGGAGAUGUACGGCGUGCCUGAAAACUUCCUCGAGGUCGAGGUUCGCAACGCCAUGACCCAUGGCUAUGGGCGCAAGAUGUACACCGAUUACGAGAUCGUGACCAGGACAAACAUCCCGGCCUUUCGGGUGCGCUAUUCGUCCGUGCGACGGCGCUACUCGGACUUUGAGUACUUUCGCGACAUCCUCGAGCGAGAGUCGACGAGGGUCAACAUUCCCCCGCUGCCAGGAAAGGUCUUUACCAAUCGCUUCACCGACGAGGUCAUUGAAUCCCGGCGAGAAGGGCUUGAGAGGUUCCUGCAGAUUGUCGCAGGCCACCCGCUCUUGCAAACCGGAAGCAAGGUCCUGUGUGCCUUCUUGCAAGAUCCCGGCUUUGACCGCAACUCAUGGAUGUAG